UUUGCACUUGUGGCGACUCGGGCAAGGGAGCAAACACGAGAUUCUUUUAUUCUUUUGUGCCUGGAAUUCGCCUGGAAAUCCCUGGACUUCCUUUAAGAGCGUCGCGGGAACUGAACCGAGAGAGAGAGAGAGAGAGAGACAGAUCUCGAAUGAAGGGAGGAACCACAUUCAGCUGUGCAUUCUCGACACCUUCGACGAAUUCCUUUGAUAGCUCUGCAUAAAUCGCUUGCGGUUUUGAAAUACUCUCAAGAUGUCUCGCAAAACUAAGCUUAAACCUACGGAACAGCUCAACGAAGACAUGGACAAGAUGUUUGAGGGUCAAGCCAGCGAAGAUUUCUCGCUUGACCAACUCUCUUCGGCAGCUGAUGCCACGGCCUCAUGGACCCCAGGCUAUAGUGAUGAGUCCCAAGUCCGCGAUAUGUCCGAGCUAAGGCUCCGCGAGAUGGAUAUUGACUAUCAUGGAAGUGACAGCUUCCCUCACAUGCACCACACUCUGAAGCCACACCACCAUCGUGUGCGCCGCAAGAGCCACCGCACUAGCGAUGAUGCCCCUCCCCCUUACUCUAGCAUUGAAAACAAGGAAGAGGCUGAUACUGGUGGUGCUGUGAGUUUUGAAGUAGGCGACCCUGAUCUGCCUGAAGGGUGGUCUGUUGGAAAACAUGUCAAGAAGGACACGAGCAAGCAGCUGCUAACACCCAGAAAGGACGAGGAGCAGCCAGAGAGUGACGAGGACGACGAGGAGUCUUCCCCUCUGCUUGGAGAGGACAAUAAGCUUAAACCUUGUAUCCGUUCUCCUGACUCGGAACCCCUGGCAUAUAUAGAUGACUCUUCUCGUAAGAAGACCCGCGUCCAGUUCGAUAUCGGUGAAGAAGAGAACCAUGAUUUGGAAAACAAAGAAGUUCCUCGGAAGAGGCGAAGCCACCGUCGCCGUCGCGACUCUGUGGAGGAUCCAUCCUGGCGCCGUCAUGCUGGAAGUGAGCAUGAACUGCAGACAUAUGCCUCCAAGGCCCUUCAUGAGGAGGUGGACUAUCUCAAGGAACAUGAUUUGGAUGACAUUGCAAGCCACAGGUUUGAAGACCCUAGUGCUUACAGGAGGCCACGCGUACGUGCUCGUUCAUCUGUGUCAUCAAUCAUUCACAUGAAUGAAGCUGGGAAUGAGAAAGCUGAUCGGCAGCAGCCCAUGGUCAAGAAGUCGUAUGAUCAUAGUCCGCAUGAGAUUUUUGUUGAACUGGAUGAGCUGCGCUACUCGGAGGGGCAUCUGGAGUGGAAGGAGACUGCUCGUUGGAUCAAGUAUGAGGAGGAUGUAGAGGACGUGGCUAACCGCUGGGGCAAACCCCACAUUGCCUUCCUCAACUUCCAUGCGCUCUUCUCCCUGCGCAAAGGCCUCGAUACAGGUAUGUUUGAUUGUGUUUCCUUCUUGGCCGAAUGGUGAGUUUUUGUUUUUGUUUUUGUUUUAUGUAUACGGUGAGGCGAAUAGCAUAGCCCGGGGUCUUUUGGCGUUUUCUUCCCGUUUUU